AUGCUGUCCAUUAGCAAGCUCGCCGGCAUCGCCGCGCUCUUUCUUCCCGCAGUGCUCGCUUGUAACGGCUACACUGGCGGCGUUCCCGUGGCAACCUCCACCAAGUCAAACAGCAAGGUCAUCACUGUUGCUGCCGGCCAGACCUUUGACUGCGGGUGGGCCAGGUAUGAUCGAGGUAGCGGAGCAUGCAACAGCCAGGCCGAGGGCACUAGUGACGAUGCUGUGUUCCUUUUGAAGAAGGGUGCUACGCUCAAGAACUGCAUCAUUGGCAAGAAUCAAGCUGAAGGUGUGCACUGCGAUGGUGCUUGCAGGCUGGAGUUUGUCUGGUUCGAGGAUGUCUGCGAGGAUGCCAUCUCUGUCAAGAACGAUGCUGCUGGUGACCAAUCUUGGAUCAUUGGUGGUGGCGCCUACAAGGCCUCCGAUAAGGUGGUCCAGCACAACGGCUGCGGUACCGUCAACAUCAUUAACUUCUACGUCAACGAUUACGGUAAGCUGUACCGCUCCUGCGGUAACUGCUCCAAGCAAUGCAAGCGAAACGUUUACAUCGAGGGUGUGACCGCCGUCAAGGGUGGUGAGCUUGCUGGCAUCAACUCCAACUACGGUGAUACUGCGACUAUCAAGAACGCUUGCUACGACACCAAGACUCCUUGCCAGAUGUACAACGGGUGUGCAGGCGGCUGCGAGCCAUCAAAGUCCGGGACUUGCUCUGGCUGA